AUGAAGCAGAGCAAGAGUCAGUUUUUUUCAAAGACGUCCGACGAUUUUGCUUCAAUUUCCAUGCCGCAGUCUACCCCAAAGAGGGUCUCCAAAAAGGUGAAACAACUGAAGCGGACACCUUUGGACUGUGACGCCCUUUGGGGUUGGCAGACUGAAGAUGUCGCUUCAGCGGUCGAUUGGAACACAUUGCAGAAAGCAUUUGAUGCUCUGGUAGCCCCUUCGCUGUGGGCUGACAAACUGAAGUAUCAGAAGCUGGUGCAAGCUUUGCCACUGCGAGCAAGUGGUUCCAAGACGCCCCUGUUUGACUUACUGGGCAGGACUGCUGUGAAGAAGCCGGAAGAGAUGUCGGAAUCACCCCACUUUGCUGUCUCGUCCGCUAUUGCUUUGCAAGAAUCACCAGGGAAAGGCAGAGGGUGGUUUGCCACCAAGACCAUAGAAGCUGGGACGCUCGUUCUGGUUGAGCGGCCCUUGGUUGCACUACUAGAUGUGGAAUGGAGAGAUGAGCCUUGGGCAGACUGCUCCAGUGCGGACACUGCUGCCCUAGGUAUGGAGCUCGCCAAGAGUUUUUCCAGAAGUUUGGCCUCAUUGCUGGAGCAGUUCCAUCCAAAGGAGCCAACUUCAAUUUCAAGCGCAGACAGUGAGGAUGAGGAUAUAGAAGCACUGACUGCCAUGGAAGAUGCUGUGGCUUCUUCAUGGAAGCAGAUUGACCUUUCUGAAUCUGCAAAGAGACGACUCCAAGAUGUUGUGCGCUUGAACUCUUUGGGUUUCUACACCAAUUCUGAGCAGCUUUGCCACCACUGCAACUUCCUUCCCCUUACUGGCAGCGGAGUGUUUGCGCUGGCCAGUGGCUUCAACCAUUCCUGUGAGCCUUCAGUUCAGCGUUUUUCCAUUGGUGACCUCACUGCUUUCGUCACCAACCAAAAGUUGGAAGCUGGAACAGAGCUUCACAUCACCUACAUUGAGUCAGAGAUGCUUCGAGCGCCAAAGAGUUUGCGAAGUCAGUCUCUCAAUCGGGACUUCACUUGCAGUUGUCCACCAUGUGGUUUGGAUGAUCCACCUGAGCUGAAGACCGGCAGAAGGACUUUCAUGCGAGUGGAUGCUCCGGUCCAAGCGAAGCUCUCCUUACUUCCACCCGAGGAGCGUGUAGAGACCAUAGCUGCAGCCUUGCAAGGGCAGAUGGAUGACGAAGAAGAUGCUGAGGAGGAACCACCAGAGGUUGACGAGGAGGAUGCCGGAGAAGCGACGAAGGGCGCGGAAAAAUCGGAAAAGAACACCGUGCUGCUGGGGAAGGAUGCGCAAGAGCUACGAGUCGCUCAGGCCAUGGCUCUGAUGCAGCUGGGUCGAUGGGAAGAAGCACUGCAGACUUGGCGGCAGCUGGCAGCUUUCGCUUGUCAUCAUUGUCCCCCCUAUGAUGAAGCACUGGCCGUGUUUGCUACACAGGCUGCUCUAUGUGCCCUGGAGAUGAAAGCUGAUGCAUCUCAGUACGUGAAAUCGGCAAUUGAGUCGCACCGAAUGGCGUUUGGAUUCGACUGCUUUCGGUGGAGAUAUCAGCGUGAGGUGGAGGAAUCCAGUGUGAGCGCUGGCGUCAAGGAAAGUUUCUUGAGUAGAGUUCCCAGCAGGACAGAGUGACCGCUUUCAAGGGUGCACCCUCGCAGUGAAUUGGCACUAUUCCGUACUAAUUAUGUACACUUAGCGCGUGAGUCUACCAGGCUACCACAAAAAAAGUUGGCAUGCGGCAUGCAACAGGCUUUCUGCAGGAUUGAUGGAUUCCAAUGAUAAAAAUCAGAUUUGUUGAUUCCGGUGCUCCAGAGGUGCAGCUGCUGGCUGCCCACUGGAAUUGGAGCCAUUCAGUAAGGCUGUGGCCGCCUGGAAUUUCAGCCAAGAUGAGGUUCCACCUGCUUACCAGAUAUUUCCAAGCUGAGAUGACAGCGGAAA